CAGAUGAUGUCUGAGUUUCUACGGAUCAUCCAUCAGCACAGCGUAUGACAACUUUCUCAAGGGAAAGCAGCUGGAUUCAUAAAUUUAUUCAGCUAGUGUCUACACAUCUUCAUCUAAGGUUUAACAAUCAAACUGCAAAUGCCAUGGGUUGUUUUGCAUCGCGUAAUAACAGAAUUGAAAUUGUAGUCUCAGUUGCUGAGGCAACAUCGACUUCGAGAAUCAGAGACAUUCCGCUAUCACACGAACAAAAAUGCAUUUUAAGAGAAUUUUGGCAGCUCAUUGAGCCCAUUAAGAGCGUCAUAGGAAAGAAAGUGUUUGGACGGUAAGUGUUUUAAAUACUCGCUAUCUCUGGUUUGUUGUGUUUCAUUUCCUAAAAAAAGAAGACUGUAGAGUCUCGAGUUGACAGUAGCUUUUUUAUGAAAAUAUCAUACCACUAUUAGGAUUGGAAUCGUUUAAAAUGGAGAAAAAGAGGAAACAGUAUGCUGAUCCUUAUUGGAUGUCAUGCUACACGUGAAAGUUGCUAACUUAAACAUGCUGAAUCCAGUGGUACAAUUCCUUGGUAUAUAGGAAGGUCUUAGCGCGAUUAUUCUUAAUGACUUCCAUGUUUUUUUAUUCUUCGUUCCUCAUUUGUUACCAAUAGAUUUUACCUCUAUUUUUCGUUGCAUGAUGAUCGAAACCUCAAUUUCGAUGGAUGAUAUCCUAAAUAAUUCAUUUGAAGUGUCAGUAAACACUAAAAAUUUGUUGUUCAGUCGGUGAUGACCAUGGUAUCGAUAAAACACAGCGUUGAAGAUUUUGUUCGAACUAGGAAGUUAAUGUACAUCAUUUUCUAUUUUCAAAUUUAAGUUAUAUUUGAAUAACAUGUGAUUUUCUUUUUUUCUUCACGCGACCCCACAAGCUUGUAUUUCCAACAGCCGAAAUGCGUGCACCUUUCAAACUCAAUUUGUUUUUUUAUAACAUUUAAAGACGUUCACCAAAAAUAGAUUUAUAUUUCAAGUGUGUUUUUUUUUAUUUUUCAUGUCAAUAAGUCGCCAUUGUGUCUUUGGAACCCAUAUUGUUUUGCAGAAAAAAUUCGUUCCCAACUGCAACAUUCAAGCAUUUAUAUAAAUCAUUUGAAAAAUGAGAAGGAAAAAGGAGCAUUUCCUGGGGAACUAAGAACAAUUAUUUACAAGUUUACGGAUAGGAUCGGUAGCUGUUUAUAAUUGCUGACAUAUUUUUCACUGCCUAAAUCAUCUAUGAGCUGAUCAGGUUCAGAAUAAUUUUCACAUUUGUGAGAAAGAGGGUUAGUCAUCGCGUAGAUAGAAAUGAGUUUUCCAAAUGCAAAAAACCUAAAAUAUAACAGGCAAACUUUCGCAACUGCUACCGAUGUUUAUGAAUUGUUGAGGACCAUUGCUGUCUAGAGAAUUUGCAGACUUAUCAUAACGUGUUUAAUGUCCUUCAAAAGGUGCCACCUGUCGUUUGUGUAUUUCCUGUUGUAUAAAGAGUUAAGCUACGACUUAGCUAGAGCAAUACUUGAACAAGUCGCUAGGAACCGAGCCCCGGUUUCAAAGAAGAACCCGAGAAAUGGAAACAAUCAACAAUUAAGUAGACUGUGAAAACGUUUUCUCGAGCCUUUCCGUGCGCAAACGCGAAAGUACCAGCGCUGCUGCGUGUUUUGCUAGUUUUCUUACCAAUCGGGUCAUUAUUUUGCGCAAAUUGACUUUCAAAUGCAAACCCAUGCGCACUACCUUCGUGAUAGCAUAGCUCUAUUGAGGAUGUGAAUGGAGAUUCAUAACUGAGAAGCUGUGGCUUGUUGUGAGUAUUUCUCAGUGUCUUGAUUUUUUUGCAUAACUUGCAAAAUAGGAGUAAAGUUUAUAUCUAAAGUAAACGUAAGUCGAAUUUCCAUUAUUCAGAGUUAAUAAUGAUGUCCGUGAAUGAUUUUGUUUCAGACUUUUUGAGUCCAACCCAAGAAUUCAAGACAUAUUUCCCGCCUUUAAGAGUUUGAAACUUGAAGCCGUAAUCAACUCUCGAUCUCUGUAUCUUCACGUCAGACAAGUCAUGACUGCGCUGGAAAAUGCUAUUUUUUCUUUAAACGACGCAGAGGUUUUCAUCGAGUAUUUAAUGAAUCUUGGAGAAAGACAUAAAGCAUGGCCCGUGAGGCUGGAACAUUUCGAUGUAUGUAUCCUAUUAUGCCAAUCAAUGUUACCUUGAGGUACAUAUUGUCGUAUAUUGCUGUAUUGUGAUGUAAACUGCAGUAGCGGGAAUUAUAGUGCUAUCUAGGGGCACAUAUUGUUGUGUAGCGCUAUACUGUAUUAUAAACUGCAGUAGCGGGAAAUAUAGUGCUAUCUAAGGGUACAUAUUGUUGAUUAGGAUGUAUCAAAUAUUUUUGCUUGCGCGCAAUUGUUUUAAACGUAGAUGAAUAUCCCUCAACUAAAACUAAGGGAUAUUCAGUCACGAUAUUCCCCAAUUUGCAAACCUUACGUCCACCACGAUAGGUCUUCGUUUCAAACUCAAUUCAAUUUAGUAAGCUGUUCAUAGAGAAUUGUUCACGAAAAGCGCUGCAUAGUUAUAAAAACUGCAUUAUACGGAUGUACAAUGUAUCAAAGAACGUUUAGCGUGGUAUGGUGCUGUGUAUAGAUUUAAACUGCAUUUUACGGAUUUAAAGUGCUACUCAGGGGUACAAUAAUGUAUUUUGCUGUAUAAUGAUAAAUGUUGAAGUAAAGGAUGCAUAAUGCCAUUGAAGGGAGGGGGGAGAGGGGCAUAUAGGCGCGCGUAUUCGAGGAGUUUAUUCUACGAUGUAAGGGGACAUAGAGUCCAAUAAUCGACGGAACGUGUUUGCUCAUAAUGAAUCUCUCUAGUUGUUAUCGACUGCCUCUAUGGAAGUAGCAUAGUAAGUUAUUCUUUGUUACUUAUUGUUUUAUCAAAACUCUUUCCUAGGGUCUUCUCUGUAUCUACAUCCAAGAUGACGGGUACUAACUAUGUGGAGUCUGUGGAUUGGUCUGCCGUCAUCUUGGAUUCGCGAUGUAGGUGGACCCCAGGUGAGAGUUUUAAUUUGGACAUUAAAGGAUUCGUUUCCAACAAAAUGCACCGAUUAUGUCGCCGAGACUUGGAGGGAGCUCUUUCGCUUUAUAAGCGCUACAAUGAUGAGAGGACUGAGGAGAGCAAACACUGGCAAAUGAGACUUUAAAGUGAGAGAACCUGUGGACUAGGAAUCAAUCGAAAGGAAAACUGAGAUUUUACUAGAGAUGACGUUAAGAGGACACCAUCCUUAAGUGGACAAAAUAAGCAAGAUAACUAAUACUAAUUCAUUUGAACUGUCAGUAAACACUAAAAUUUGUUUUUUAGUCGGUAGUGACCAUAGUAUCGAUAAAAACACAGCGUUAGAGAUUUUUUUUAUGUAGAAGUUAUAUUAUAUAGAAAUUCCCUUUUUAAAUUCAAGUUAUAUUAAGAUGGCAUGUAAUUUUCAUUUUUUCUUCACACGACCCCACAAGCUUGUAGCUUAAAAUAUUAUUUUGUAUAAAGAAAGAUCAUCUAUUUAUCUAUCUAUCUAGAGAUAGAUAUCCCUUUGAGAAGCGUUGAAAAAUCUAUUGUUGUCUAAAUUGUUCCACUGAAGUAG